UUAAUACAGUAGUCCACCACAGACUGAUUAUAAAUAGAGCAGCCUUAGAACCUCAGUCUGGAGCAACUUACACCUUCAAAUUCUCAUUCCCCUCAGUUUCUACCAUCUAACAAAACGUAAAGAUGGACAAAGUAUCGCGACUUACCUCAGAAAACGGAGUGGUAAUCUUUAGCAAGACUACAUGUUGCUUAUCCUAUGCUGUGAACAUUCUGUUUCAUGAACUAAGGGUAGAGCCUGUGGUUCAUGAACUCGAUCAAGACCCCGAGGGAAGGGAAAUAGAGAAGGCCUUGUUGAGGAUGGGAUGCAAUAGCCCUGCAGUGCCAGCAGUGUUUAUAAAUGGAAAGCUUGUGGGUUCUACCAAUGAAGUCAUGUCCCUCCACCUCACUGGCUCUCUCACUCCUAUGCUCAAGCCAUAUCAGAACAUGUCUUAAUUCUAUUGCAGCCCUCAUUAUUUAAUGUUAUCUAGUUGAAGAAUAAACUUUGCAGGGUAGUUCUUUGAGCUCACUAGCUAUUAAGUACUUGGCUUUGUGCCUUGUGUCCACAUGUAUUAUGUAUUGUGUAUUCAGUUCAGGUUGUCUAGUAAUUAAGCAAGUAGUGUGUUUGCCUAAUGAAGAAAGACAAUGAAGAUUGUGUAAUCUCUUUGCAUUCCUUAAUGAAAUUAGAUUGAAGUACAA